AUGUCCGAGAAAACGGCACGUUUCCAACCCCAUCACCAUUUUGCCUUUCCUUAACUGCCACGUGUACACCCUCCUCACCUUAACGGCAUAACCCGCUUCUUCAUCCAUCCCUCACCAUUCACGUUUUAAUAUUUUCUCCCUCACUCCCCUUCACACAUAUUUUCUCGAGAAAGUGAGCUACACAAUUCCGAAGGCUCAGAAAACCCAAAAUCCUCUUCUUCUGUGAAAUGUCAGGUGGUGUAGGGCCAACAUAUAACGACAUCCAACUUCCGAAGGAUGAUCAUGACCAUGACGACCAGGACCACCACCAACAACCCAUCUCCGCCUCCGCUGCGAAGAACGGCCACCACCCCACCAUCGCCCCCACCCGCAAAGGCUUCCUGACGUUCCGGCAACUCAACGCCCUGGCCGUCAUUGUCGUCUUCUCCGCCAGCGGAAUGGUGAGCAUCGAAGACUUUGUAUUCGUCGUCUUCUCCUACAUCUACAUUCAUUUCAUCUCCAAGGUGGCCUUCCCGCCACCACCCAAUGCUUCGACCCAAGAACGAGUCUUCGACCCAAACAACAAGUUCCUCUCCCUCUACGUCUUCAUCGCCGCCAUCAUCGGCCUCAUCCUCCCCAUUGCCUACAUCUUCCACGGCAUCCUGGAAGAAGACAAACAGGGCAUCAAAGCAGCUUCUCCACACGUCUUCCUCCUAUCCAGCCAAGUUUUCAUGGAGGGAGUGGCAUUUUCCGACAAAUUUUCAAUACCCAUUAGCGUAUUCGUGCCGGUGUUUUACAAUUCAAGAAGAAUUUUCACGAUCGUGGAGUGGUUGAGGAAUGAGAUUGGGAAGGUGGAUGAAGAGUACGGUGGGUCUGCCGGAAGGGUGUAUAUAGGGAGAGCACUUGCCAUAGCCAACAUGGUGUUAUGGUGCUUCAACCUGUUUGGGUUCUUGUUGCCUGUUUAUCUUCCCAGGGCUUUCAAGAAGUACUAUGCUUCCUUUAACAAAAUCAAAGACUGAAGAUUUUUAGGGCUUUUAUUUUUAUUUUCCCUCUUUUAUGUAAUUUAGGUCUCUAAAACUGUAAUUUGCUGGGAUGUGAUCUGGUGUUAUAAGUGAGAUUACAUGGAAAAUGGAAAUUCAACCUCUUAUAAUAAUAGCAUAUCAGAUAGUGGGUACUUCUUUUUCUUCUUUUA